AAAAGAAGAGCUGGAGCAAAACACGGAAGAGCUUUAGCUAGAGAGCUAGCAAGCUAACAUGUCAACGUAAAGUUUCCUAUUCGGUAGACCAUCUCUACUUUGUUUAUGUAAAGGGCGCAGUUUUGACUGAUACCUGCAGUGGUUACUAAAAGUGAUGUGAAGUUUUUGUAAAUAAGAAUAUAAUUGCUAUUUUAGCUUACAAUGUUUAGCAACUCGUAUCAGCUGCUGCCUCAGAGGGACUCCACAGGUCCGAGGACUCCUGGCUUGUUUGUUGACUGUGAUGGCUUCACACAGCACGGAUACCACAAAGGGCUUUCAUUUGAUAACAUGCCUGAAGUCUUUCAACACGACUUCACAGGCACAGAUACCUCUCAAGGAUGGCUUUCCUGGAUUUGCAACAUCAUUGUCAUCUUCCUUGUCUACAUCUUCACCUUUGUAACAUUUCCUAUAUCAGGGUGGUUUGUAUUAAAAACAGUGCCGAACUACCAAAGGAUUGUGGUGUUUCGUUUGGGUAGAGUUUGUCCUCCAAAGGGACCUGGUAUUGUCCUUGUGCUGCCCCUCAUUGACCAGUGGCAGAGAGUGGACCUACGCACCCGAGCUUUUAACAUCCCACCAUGCCAGGUGAAUACUCUGGAUGGCGGCGUGUUGUCAGUUGGAGCGGACAUCCAGUUCAGAAUCUGGAACCCUGUCAUGUCAGUGAUAUCAGUCCAGGACCUGAACAUUUCCACCAGGAUGGCGGCACAGAAUGCUUUGACCCACAUGCUGUCCAGGAGGAGUGUCCGGGAGAUUCAAACCGAGAGAGUCAAACUGGGAGAAUAUCUUGGGAUGGACAUAAAUGAGCUGACUCGCCAUUGGGGGCUGGAGGUGGACAGGGUAGAACUUACUUUGGGGUCUCUAAUAAAAGCACCAGAGCAGAGUCUCUCAGCACCCCUCAUCAUGCCUCCCUCUGUGCCUGGACUGGAGGGCCUCACUGGUCCCAUUCAGCAGCUGGCCAUGCACUUUCUGGGUCAGAGUGGCAUUUCACAGCCUAAAAAAGAGGACAGAGUAGCUUUCACAGAUGAGCUCAGCCAAGCCCCAGAGACAGCAGUGGCUACAGCGGAUUCUGUUGAAGAGCUGCUUGGUUGGUUGAAGCUCCAGCUUUCUGAAUCUUUGGUCCAGGAGGUCGGGGCUUGCUUCCAGUUUGAUAUCAGCUCCAAAGAUGGACAGCAUCACAGUUACUAUGUUGACUUGAGCCAAGGUAGUGGUGCAGCAGGAGCAGGAUCCAUGUACAGAGAACCAGAUGUGACGCUGAGUAUGAGUGAUGGUGACCUUCUGGCCAUGUUCCAGGGCGAGCUGCAACCAUUUGCCGCUUACACAAGUGGCAGACUGAAAAUCCAGGGAGACAUUAAGUCUGCCAUGAAGCUUGAUGAGCUCAUUAAGCUUCGUAAGAAGUGACUGUUAUAAUAACUUUUGUAUAGGUAUUUAUUAAACACCUUUAAUUGUAAAGCAUAUACUUUUUAAUGUAUGCACUAAGUUGAAGAAUGAUAUAUCUCAAUUAAAAAGACACAUGUCAAAGAGAA